CAGGAGGACGAGGCACAUUUUAUUAUGCUGUAAAGCUCCUCAGUUUCCACUCCCUGCUCAUCCUACCUAUAGUUUUAGGCGAUGGUGGACGUAGCUGCUGAUUUGAGCAGUUUAUCUUUUGAGGUUGGACUGACGGAGGAUGAGAAACAGUUACUCCACCUGCGUGCUCGCUCGGCUGGACUGACAUUUUGCGGGAGCGCGCACGCAGUUUUCCUGUGUAAGCUCGUCCAGUCCCUGAGAUGUGUCAUCACAAGUCACACUGCAAACGGAGACUCAUCGGGAGCUGACAGUGACCCCUGCGUUGGGAUUCUUGGGCUGGGUCACAUGGGGAAACAGUUGCUCCUCUCCCUGCUGGAAAACUCUGGCAUCAAACCAUCACACAUUAAGAUCUCUAAAAGAAGACCAGAAUCCGCAGUGGGAAUUAUCCAAACAGGAGUUGAAUGUUUCUUCGACAAUCGCAGACUGGCAGCGUGGGCAGACGUUCUGUUCCUCUGCUGUCUGCCCUCUCACCUCCCAGAAGUCUGCGCUGAUCUCCACUCUCACCUGUCAAAGCGCUGCCUUGUGUACAGCUUCCCCUCUGCUGUGUCUGCCACCAGACUGGCACAGCUUCUUGGGCACGACUUCGUUCUCAAACCACAGUAUGACUUUGUUGCCUGUGACGCUGCAGAUGUGUGGCUGUCCCGCACUCGUCUGACCACAGCUCUGAAGGAUCCUUUGCUGAUAGAGGCAUCCUGUCCACUUACAAUGAGCGGUGGCAUUUCUCUGGAUCUGAACUGGGUGUGUGCCGUGUUGUACAGCCUGCUAAAUAUCUGCACCUCUGCCGGUCUGGGAUCCAGUGAUGCUCUCUCUCUGAUCAACGGCCUCCUUAAUGAGAAAUGUCCACACACUGUGGAAUUAAACGCUCAGAGUUUCAUCAGUGCAUCUUACGCAUCUUUGCUUCUUACAGAGGAGCCUUUUCCCUGGAUUAAUCUCACUGAUGCUCAGACCAAGAAGACACCACUGAUGUGCUUUCUAUCAAGCAGCAAAUCAAUGCAACAGUGCAUCUCUGCAGCAUACAAAUCACUGCUAGAAGCACCAGUUACAGUCUAAUGUAAAACUUUAUAUCCUCUAAAGAUGUCCAGCACAGACAUUGUGUUCCUUAAGAUAAAACAAAUAAUAAUGUAAUGCAAGAUUACAUUUGAAUAAAUCGGUCUGUGUAUUUUGUGAUGUUUGGUUUUUACAUACAUAAUCAGAAUGGUAAAUAUGUGGAAAAACUAUAUUUUACAAUGUACAAAAA